AUGGCAGACUACCCUGAACCCUUCGUAGUCCAACCUCGGGCCUUGCCACACAAGCAGACCUUCAUCCUCCUCCACGGACGAGGCUCCUCGGGCGAGAAGUUCGGCUCUGUCCUUCUCGAUACUCCUAUAUCUUGUCCACGCGGAUCCUCGGUGCUUGAUAAUAGCCAAAAGUCCACCCUCACUUCGAUAUUUCCACACGCACGAUUUAUUUUCCCUUCAGCAGCACGAAGGCGCGCCACGGUGUACAAGCGCGCACUUACCCACCAGUGGUUCGACAACUGGAAGCUGGAUCCCCCAGCAACCGAUAGAGAGGAUCUUCAGGUAUCGGGCUUGCAAGAAACUACUUCCUACCUUCAUCGGAUACUGGAGCGAGAGAUUGCCUUGGUUCCUGGCGGUGCUAAGAGUGUUGUGUUCGGUGGCCUCAGCCAGGGCUGCGCAGCCUCACUGACAGCGUUGUUGCUCUGGGAGGGCGACGCUUUUUGCGCUGCCGUUGGUAUGUGUGGGUGGCUCCCCUUUGCAGCACGGAUGGGCGAACAAAUUGGGGAGAUGUCUUGUCAGCUGCAGGGAGAAGAUGGUGGCGAAGAUGUCUUUGAUCCGUUCGCGAGAGACCACCUUGACGAUGAUGCAACUACCCAAACGGAUCCAGCAUCCAGAGCUUUAUCUUGGCUGCGAGAUGAGAUCCAGGUACCACCAACUCAGAAUGGAAAUGAGCUGAAGUUCCGAGAUGUGCCAUUGUUCCUGGGCCACGGGGUACAGGAUGAUAGGGUCGAUGUUGUUUUAGGACAAGAAGCGUCACGGUGUUUGACUACCCUUGGAAUGAGUGUCUCGUGGAAUGAGUACGGGGACUUGGGACACUGGUACUCAGAGACUCUUUUGCAAGACAUGGUAGACUUCCUAAGAAGCCACUUACCGGUAGAUUUCAAUAGCUAG